AUGACCGCUCCAUCACAAAAUUUAAAUGGCCAAAAUAAAUCCCCUUCCUCCUCCUCCUCUUCAACUUCAAAUUCUCAUUCAUUUUCUGCGGCAUUUAUUAUUGUUUUAUGGCGUCACAGACUUUCCCUUCAUGGAAUUAGAAAACCCAAAGGAAUUCGUUUAAUUAUUAUUGGACCUUCAGAUUUGCUUAUUAAUGAACAAGAAGUCGAUGUAAUUCACAAUGUAGAUGGCCCAAUAACUGCAAAAGACCACAAUUUUGCUGCUUUACUUCAAAAAACUAGAGAACAAUGUUCUGCUCUCGAAAAUGUUAAAAGAGUAAUUUGUACUUUCGAAAGAUGUUUACAAAGACAAAUUGCCCAAAUUAGGGAAGAAUUGGGAAUUGAGGGGUUAACUGUUGACCAAUUUGAUCAAUUAAUGCACAGGCAAAGUGUUAGGGCUAUUUGUAAAAGAGGAGGGCUACAAACUUUAAAAUUUUGUUCUUUUGGUUCAGUUCAAGGAAAACUAGAUGAAUGGGUGUAA